AUGAAAAUUGCAAAAAUUGAUCGACCACGGAAGUGCAGUUUUCUAAGAAAAUUGAGAGCGUAUGGUUCACAAGAUUCACCUGAACAUCACGAAUUAACCGUUCAUUUUGACGAGAAAAAUCUUGCCCUAACGUCGCACUACGGAUCGAUGGAGAACACGACGCCUCCAAAUGGCACAGCCACACCACCAAGUGCUUCUUUCUAUCGGAGAGCUCAUCGAAUGCCUUCAGCUCGGGCACCCCGACCAAGAACCAUUUCUGAAAGCAGCAUUGAUGUCUACGAAGAUCCGGUAGUUGGGAUGGAUAGAGUGGCCUCACAAUCAAAUAUCAACUCUGAGGCGAGAAGGAGAAGAAUGGAAGAUGUGUCUCAAGAACAAACCCCAAUGAUUUCUCCACAUAGAGAUCAUCACACAAUUUCUUCGAAAUUCGAAAGCUUGAAUUAUGAAGUCUGUGAAAACGAAUUGUACAGAAACGAGGAGCGAAAGGAGAGUCACCAGCUUAACUUGUGGAAGCUGAGUUUGAAUCGAUGGAUCGCUUGCUUUUUCAUUGGAAUUUGCACAGCUCUUGUCGCCGCAGGGAUCGAUAUUUUAGUCAACAAAUCAAAUUGGCUUAAGCAAGACGUCAUUAUGAAUCAAUUGAUAUCUGAUUGUGAGCAGCAAUUGGAUAGGGGAAUGGGUGGGCAUUGUAUGAUCUACGUGGAGCUUGUCUGGAUUCUCUACAACUGCUCUUUGGUCUGUAUAGCAGCCGCUAUGGUAAUCUGGUGGUCACCAAUUUCUGGUGGAUCGGGAAUUCCACAAAUCAAGUGCUACCUCAAUGGAAUUGCUAUUCCGGAUGUUGUGAGUUUUAAAACACUCAUCACAAAAGCGUUGGGUGUCUCUUGUGCAGUCGGAGGAGGAUUGUGUGCUGGAAAGGAAGGACCGAUGAUUCACAGUGGCGGUUGCGUUGCAGCUGGCAUCUCGCAAGGACGCAGCACAUCACUGGGACUCGAUUUUGGAGUCUUCAAAGAGUUUAGAAACGAUCGGGAAAAGCGAGAUUUUGUUUCUGCGGGAGCGGCGGCUGGAGUCUCGGCCGCUUUCGGUGCUCCAAUUGGCGGUGUUCUCUUUUCAUUGGAAGAAGGAGCAAGUUUCUGGAAUCAAAGCUUGACAUGGAGAAUGUUCUUUACUUCGAUGUUCUCUUCUUUCACUGUGAGUGCAAUCCUGGCCUGGUAUCACGGCGCUGGAGCUUGGCUUUCUUGGAACGGGCUGGCUAAUUUUGGCGUUUUUGAGGACAAAGACUACAACCUCUUCGAGAUCCCAUUCUUUUUGGCGAUUGGUGUAAUUGGUGGAGUGAGUGGAGCCUUCUUCAACUAUCUUAACAUCAAUUUGGCCAAAUUCAGGAAAAAGUACAUUUUGACGAAAAAGCAGCGCUUACUCGAGGCGAUCAUCAUUGCUGCGACGUCGGGGUUUUUCGGAUUCUUGACACUGUUUCUUGUUGAUGAUUGUCAACCGAUUGGAAUCAAUCCCGAAACAACAGCAGUAAAUCAGCUCUGGUGCCCGAAAGGUGAGUACUCGGCUGUGGCGAAUCUCUUCUUCGAUGGAUCAGAAGGAGGAAUAAAGAGUCUAUUCCAUUCUCCAAUCAACUCUUUUCGUCCGUACACUCUUUUGAUCUUCGCCGUCGAAUACUUCUUCCUCACCGCUUGGACUUUUGGAGUAUCGGUUCCAGCCGGCAUUUUCAUUCCCCUCUUAUUGACUGGUGCUGCAUGGGGGCGAUAUAUUGGUGUCGGCUUGGCGCAUCUCAUCCCAUCUGUCGUUGGAACUCACCCAGGCAAAUAUGCUCUAGCUGGCGCGGCUGCUCAAUUGGGCGGAUCAGUUCGGAUGACGAUCUCAUUGACGGCCAUUUUGAUGGAGGCCACAAAAGAUAUCUCGUUUGGUCUUCCAAUCAUGUUGGUGCUAAUGACGGCGAAACUUGUUGGCGAUAUAUUCAAUGAGGGUAUCUAUGACUCAUUGAUCGAUCUACAAGGAAUUCCUGUACUUGGUUGGCAUCCACCCAAAAUGAGUCGAAAUAUCAACGCAAAACAGAUCAUGCGAAAAGAUGUGGUGGCUUUGGAGAGGAGAGAACGUGUGGGGAGACUGAAGGAGAUUCUAGAAACAACUUCACAUCAUGGAUUUCCGGUCGUCGAUCGCAUUGAAGAGAGCAUGACCGGGAACUUGCCAGACUAUGGCCAGAUUCAAGGGAUUAUUUUGCGAUCACAAUUAGUUCGGAUCCUGGAGCGAAGGGCGUUCACAAUUCAUCCUGAUGGCCGAACCGGUUGCCAAUGGGUUUUGUCUCAUGAGGAUUUCCUCGAUGAAACAGACUGCAAAGAGAAGACAGUGGCCGAGCUCGGGCUGAGGAACGAAGAUUUUGGUUGUUGGGUUGAUCUCUCUCCGGUUCUCCAUUCACAUCCACAUCGAGUUCCGCUAAACGCUUCACUUCCCUUCGUCUACCAAAUAUUUAGAGGCUUGGGAUUACGGUAUUUGAUGGUGGUCAACGAGGAGAAUCGGUUACGAGGUGUGAUCACUCGAAAAGAUGUGGCUCGAUUCAAAGAGACGAGAAAGAGAAGAAGAUAUCGAGUGAGAGAGCUUUUCAUAUCCGAAGAUGGUGGACCAAAU